GUCUUCCUUGUCUCUGCCUUCCCGCUAGCUCGGUUCUUGCUGUGCUAGCCUCUGUUCAUCCACACCCGCGCGCGUCAAUGGGGGAGUACAACGGCGGCGUGAGCACAUCGUGGACCAUUGGGUCGGCGCACGGGGGGAUGGCGCCACCCACGCGGCCCAAAAUAAAGAUCAUCCACAUCAUCGCGCCGGAGAUCAUCAAGACCGACGUCGCGCACUUCCGGGACCUCGUGCAGCGGCUCACCGGCAAGCCUGCUUCCUGUGCCGCCAGCAGCACGGGCGACGACGACGUCGCGUCGACGCUGCCGCCGGUAGAAGACGAGGACAUGGAGACGACGACCAAGAAGAGGCCGAGGCCGAGGCCGGCACCGCCUCCGGCGGCCGGUGAUGAGAGGAGCGACUUCACCAAGGCACAAGAGGAGCCGGUCAAGAAGAGGAAGAUCAAGUGCGAGGUGAAGGUGGAGGAGCAAGGAGCUGGCUUCGGCGAUUACGACCUCGGCCGCGGCGACCUGUGGAUGGAUCUCAACCCGGGAGGGUUCCUGAGCUUCUUGGAGGAGGAGGGCGUGUUCCAGGGCCUGGCUGCUGCUGACCACGACUUCUUUCAGCCCUUUGGCUCGUCCAGGAUGGAUUUGGUUGGUGAAAUGCACGCGUCUUGACAAUGGAGAAGCAAGUGUAAGCAAGUGUGCUUAUAUUUCAGACAGUGGAGAAAGUAAGUGUAAGCAACACCAAUAUAAGGGGAAGAAAUCGGAAAUUUGCAUGCCAACAAUUUAAUUAUAUGUUUGUAAGGAACACUGGUGAAAUCAUAGAAGGAACUGAAAAUCAGUUUGGGGAGGUGUAGUGGUCCAACUUGUAAGGAACUGAAAAUCAGUUUGUGUAAAAUAUCUGCCGAGCUUUGUG